AUGCUACGCUUCGCUGCGCCGGCGCUGCGCCGGACCAGUCCUGCAACGAUAUCUCCAGCCUAUCGAUCAGCGAUACCAGCCAGAUGCAUUGCUUCAUCUAGCAGCAAAGGUGCGCAAGUGCAAGAAGAUGCUAUCGGAAACACCGCACAAGACCCUCCACAGAACGAGCCGCCGAUCAAUGAGCCGCCGAAACUGGGCAAACGAGCACGCAAGGCCUUGAAGGCACGUCAGAGGCAAGAGCAGGACCGCAUAGCAAAGGACGCCAAGGCAAACGCUAGAGCUGAAGCGCGCGAACAGGAGAGCACGGCUGCGAACAAGAGUGAUGAUGAUAGCAGUGGUAGGGGAUUGGCGCCCGCCGAGGUCAAGCCGAUCCUCAAAGUCAAGCAUGUCCUCGAUGCGGCGAGUGGAACAUCGGCAGCGAGACCUGUGCAGAGCAAGGAGCUGGACCAGUGGAGGGCCAAGAUGAAAGGUCAAGACGGGACUGAUCCCACAGCUGGCUGGAGCGGCUCGCUUUUCAGAAGUCACAUCUCUUCGCUUCUAUCUGGAUUCGGCACUUCACCCAGCACUCGCCCUUUGCAGGAGACCGAUCUUCCAACAUCCUCGACCAUCGACAAGUCCCGUCCAAACUCGACAUCGAACACAAACAUCAACGGCGAUGACCGUGAAAAGGCAUCAACGCGAUCACAACACAAACGAGGCUCCUCCACGCCAUUCAUGACCAAGUCCGAGCGCAUGGAAUCACAGGCGCGCGUCAUCUUCCAAGCCAUCCGCGAAGCGCGUGAACGCGGGAUCGUCGACGAAGACGAGUCCUUCUUCUACCCUUACCCGGAAGGCGUACCCCCCAAGGAUGUGGAUGGCAAGGAUGCCGUGUGGCUCAACCUCGGUCCGGAUCCCGAGGCGUGGGGGCGUGAAGUGCCGCAGGUCAAAGACAAGUGGCUGGAAGUGCUUUCGCUCGGGCUGGCAAAGGAGAUCACCGGACGACCGCAGGCAGAAGAAACCGAGGUCGAAGCUGGAGAAGAGGAGGAGGUCGAGCAGCAGUCGGAGUUCGACCAUCUCGUCGAAGACUACGAUCUCGAAGAUCACGAGCGGCUGGAACAGCUGGGCGACUCCAUCGUCAACAUGUCGUCUCGACUGCUCGCAUACCUCUCCUAUCCAGAUGUCAACGAAGGCUCGCUCACCAGGCUAUCCAACUAUCCAACCCAGAACAACUUCCUGGCGCUCCUCUUCCAAGAAUGCGGUCUAGCCGCUCGAAGAGACGAGCUACGACGCGAGCUCAGGGCCGAACACCAACAGCAAGACGACACCACCACCACCAACAGCAUGGCAAGGAGGGAAAAGCGGUACUCCGGGGCAUCUCAGACUGAAGAGGAAAAAGCACGUCUGCCGCUUCUCAUCAAACGCGAUGCCGACAUGUUCGAGGCGUACGCAGCCGCGGUGUUUCUGAGCAACGGACAGGAUUUCAACGUUGUCCACGAGUGGCUGUGUCACCUGUUCCGACCGUUUCAGGAUCAAGCGUACCGGUUCAUGGUGCAGAGGAGUGAAGCUUUGGCGAGGAUGCAGGCGAAUCGAGCUGCUGCUGCAUCUGCUGCCUCUACCGCUGCUGCCACUGCCGCCGCAACAGCAGCAAUCAGAAGAUCAGACACACCAGGAUCGCCCACCAACCUGUCCGCCGACGGGCUCGGCAUCAAAUCCGCCUCUGUCGAUCCCUCCUCCGUGCCCUUUUCCUCGCUCUUCCCGGACUUUUCCCGUUCCGAGAAAACCUCUCCCAUCCCGACCUACGCGCUCACCGCUAGCGAAGCCUUCAUCACGGACGAGUUCCUCACCGUCGCCGCACGUGCACGUCGUCAACGCGAAGAACGACUGCGCGAAGAACUCCGACUGCAAGACCAAACCGAACUCAUGAACAUGGGCUGGUUCCGCAAGGGUUUCCUCAAUCUACGCACCGGCUUCCGUCAGAACGUGUUGGGCAAAGAUGUCGUGAGGGAGGAGGAGGCGAGGUUGAGACAGAAGAUCAACGAGCAGAGAGGCAUGAGCGAGAAGGAUCGACAGCGGUUGAGGGCCAGAGAGAGGAACGCAGCGGGUGUGUCGGUCAGGAGCACGGGGAGCAAGAAGAAGAAGAAGGUGGCCGAGGAGGAGGGUCAGCAGGACUAG